AUGGUCGAGGAAGAUACUACUACAACAUGUUUGAAUCAUGAUACGAAGAGAAAAAGAUCGGUAAAGUUGAGAUCUGAAGUUUGGAAUCACUUCUCAAAAGUUGAGAACAAAGAUGGAACAAAAGCAAAAUGCAAGUGUAACUACUGCAAAAAGGCGUUUUCUUGUCCGAGCAAAGGUGGAACGACACACUUACUCCGUCAUAUCACCGAGUUAAAAUGUCCGAUCUAUCGGAAGAUGCAAACUAAUAAGAAUGUCGGCAGGUCUCAAACUCUUAUCCAUGUUGAAGAUAAAAAACAAAUUCAAGAUGCUAGAAUGGUGUCUUGGCAAUUUGAUCAAGUGAAAAGUCGAAGUGAUCUUGCUGAACUUAUUAUUGUUCGGGAGCUGCCAUUUAGUUUUGUUGACGAUCCAACUUUUAGGAAGUUCGUUCUUAAUUUAUGUCCGAAAUUCAAGUUUGUUUCGAGGAAUACGAUAAAGAGCGAUUGCUUGAAAAUAUAUCAGACUGAGAAGAAAAGGUUGAAAGAUACUCUACAAACCUUAAGUCCAAGAAUUUGUCUCACGACCGACACAUGGACAUCCAAGACUGAGUUGCCAUUUAUGGCGCUAACUGCUCAUUUUAUUGAUGAUUCUUGGAAGCUACAUAAGGUGAUUCUCAAUUUUGUCAUUGUCCCAGUUAAGGCCAGUGGGGAAAAUUUAGCAGACAUAAUCACGAAUUGUUUGGUAGAGUGGAACAUAGAAAAGAUUUGCACUAUUACAAUGGAUAAUCAUUCUGCUAAUGACAUCGUUGCUGAGAUUCUUUUAGAGCAAUAUUCUUCGAGAGACUUGUUAUUACUUGGAGGCCGUCAUCUUCAGGUAAGGUGUUGGUGUCAUGUUCUUAAUUUAAUUGUACAAGAAGGAAUUGGAGAAAUCAAAGACUCUAUCUUUAGAGUUAGAAAGGCAGUAAAGUAUAUCAAAGCAUCACCGAAAAGAAAGCUUGAGUUUCUUCAAUAUGCUGAUCAAGAGCGUAUUCCACGAGGUAAAAUGUUGGUUCUUGAUUUAUGUACAAGAUGGAAUUCAACAUAUUUGAUGCUUGAAUCAGCCUUGCAUUUUAGAAAGGCUUACGAUCGUAUGCGAUCGCGGGACAUGCAAUUCAAAGAUCCACCAUUGGCAGAAGAUUGGGAGAAAGCUUCUGUAAUUCACAAGUUCUUGGAGACCUUUAAUAUUGUCACUAAGAUAUUUUCUGGGAGUGAGUAUUGCACAGCAAAUGUAUUUUUUCGCGAGGUCUAUCGAAUAUUAAUAUUACUUCGUGAAACCUCAACUGAUCUUAGCACGUUAUUGGGGAAAAUGGCCUUUAAUAUGCUUUUGAAGUUUGAGAAGUAUUGGCUGGAUAAGAAACCAAACUUGUUACUUUCGGUUGCACUUGUUCUAGAUCCUAGAUACAAAUUAAAGUAUCUUGAGUUUUGCUACAUGAAAAUCUAUGACAAUACAUUGGCAACAAAGUUCACAAAUCGUGUGAAGUGUGAACUUAAGAACUUGUUUGACGAGUAUUCAAUUACUUGCCAAGUUUCAAAUCCAUUGGAGGGGACUUCAAAAAUAUUUAAAGAAAUUGUGCCAGGUGAUAAUUCAUCGAAGAUAGACAUGAUGGCUGAAUUCUACAAAUUUGCUGAACAAGAAGAUGCAAUUAAUAAAACAGAGUUGGAAUUGUACUUGGAGGAGAAGCUGCAUCCUGGCCAAAUUGUUCAAGAAGAUAACUUCAAUAUUUUAGAUUGGUGGAAGUUGUACGCUGCAAAGUAUCCUAUCAUGGCUAGAAUGGCUCGUGAUAUUCUUGCAAUCCUAGUGUCAUCUGUUGCUUCAGAAAGCGCGUUUAGUACUGGAGGAAGAGUUCUGAAUAAGUUUCGUAGUUCAUUACUCCCUACUACAGUUGAAGCACUAAUUUGUUCUCAGGAUUGGAUUCGUGGAGGUGAAGUACAGUGUGACUACGGUGAUGAGUUUGACGACGAUUUCUCUCGUAAGGGCAUUAAUUUUAGGGUUAAAUACAGUUUGCACCCCUAA